AUGACUAAUGAAAAUUAUACAGCUUCCUCUUCCGCCGUUAACGAAAUCAUAGAAGGAUCCAAGAAGAUUAAAGGAAAGAAGAAAAAGUCUCCCAGAAAAGAAAAACAAACGCAAACAAAGUCAAAUGCAGGCGACACUUCGACUAAAAUCUCGAAGAAAAUUUCGUCUCCUACUACCUCUCAGGAAGAAAUUACUUAUGAAUUCGUUGGCUAUGAUUUAGGAAACCUGCGUGUGCACGUGAUAAAUCGCAAAACAAUUUUCUUCUCACCCGACGGUACGCUCGUCAAGGUGGAUAUGGACGAUUGGCUUUACAGGAACAAGGAUUUACGCAUCACUGUCACCAUACAAGGCUACAGUCUGCAUUUGUUUCCUCAAACAGAGCCAUCCGAUACCUCCGAGGUGUUUCAUUUGACCUCUCCUCUGGGAAUUGUCGUUGGGUUCGAGAAACUGCUGAACUCAGGACAUGAAACGAGACGUUCUUUCAAGUAUAGUGGAGAGUUCGAUUUUAGAAUCUCAUGGCCGUCAGGACUGUGGAUAGAACCGGUCACUGGUGACAGCGAAGAGAAUCCCUUUUAUAUCCGUCAAUCAUACAUCAGGAACGGUCAUAAUGCCAAUAAUGGGAAUCACGAAAUCUGUCGAAAGUUCCUGAGAAAUGGAACCGUUUUAAAAUAUUUUGACAAUGGCAACGUUGUUGUCCUCCGUCCUAAUGGAGAUAUCGUAACCUGCAUGUCCUUCGAACAGGUUCGAUCUAACGAAGAUGAAAAGGCUGACAUUGAAACGAAUUUCGCGAAAGGUGACAGGGCAAGCAGAGAUAUGAAGUUUCCGGGACGAAAUGAAACCAGAACAAUGGGUUCCUACAAGUCCCGGUUGGCUGGAGAUAGCAAGAGAGAUGUUGGACGACAGGAUUCAGGGACGAAUGACGGCGGUGUCUGGUCGACGACAGAUGGCAAGGUGAAGGUGUCACGAUACAGGGUAUUGAAUCACGAUGGCCGACAGUACGAGGUGCUCGACGACUUGGUCGUAAGCGAGGACCAUCGAUUACUCGUGAGGACAGCAUCCGACUACGAGGUCGACGAGAAAUUCACGCACGGUACGCGUAUCACGACCGGUUACACGGUAGAAAUGGAGCCAGUGAUGUGCGAGUGGACCGAGGAAGAGGUUCUACGGUUCUUUGAGUCCGGGAGGAACGGCUGGGAAGAGGUAGACGACUGCGUCGAUCGUUCGUUCUCGAAUCUUAAAUUCCACGAGGAGGCGUCGUCGUCCCCCAGGCCGGAACACGACGAUAUUGGUAAGAUAUUGAUCGCGGACAGCUUUGUCUCUGUCCUGUUGACGUGCCGCGCCGAGCACAAGAACUACGCGACGGUGGUCUACGAUCAGUCAGCAGUUAGCUGCGCCCUAUCGAUGCCCGACGAUCUUCGAGUCAGCAUAUCGAGAAGGGGUCAUUACAAAGUUUCGAUGGCGGACCAAGUUAAUCUGAAGAUCGAGGAGAACGUUGUGUCAUUCGAGGGCAACACGUGCACCACUUGCGGCUACCGGUCAAAGUCCACGUACAGAUUCAUCCCGUUGGAAUCGUCGCCGGUCAUAUUCACCUGCGUCGACGUUUGCGAUAACGUCUUCGAAGUCAACGAAGACGGGAUGACGUGUUAUCAUGGCAAAAAUCGGCCGUCCCGAUGUCGUAAGUCCGGCUCGAGCGUCGACAUCACCGAUUCUGCCUCGGAGGAGGAGAGCUACGAGAAGGAUGCGUCCGAUGGAAACAAAAAUUUGGAGUCCGACCAUGUCUGCGAUCACAUGGAACGUUGCGCGAAAACCGGCCGAUACAGGUUGUUCUCGAUGAAUCGCGAUCUAACGGCUCAUGAGUAUCUUCGUCGAUCCGCCAAAGAACUGAUCGAGGCGACCGCGAUCUUUGAUGACGGGACAAGCAUCAUUUUGUAUCCAGCCGCACGACGACCGAAACUCGCUCGUCUGAUUACGUUCGAGACGUCGAAGCCUGAGUCACGAUCAAAGGCCAUGCUAUCAUUUCAGGAUUUCAAAGUGAGGCCAUCGAAUUUCGACAGAACGGACUUGAUAAGAAGUACUUACGCAAUUCCGUACAAUUGGCUGUUCCCGUUCGGCAGAAAUGGAAACGGGAUUUGGGAAAAUACCGAUCGUCGUCCUUUUUCAAGCAGAGACGAAACGACCUUGCCGAAAUUAUUGGCUAUGCGUAUCGUGUACGGUUUCAAGGAGCCAGAUAGGAACGCGGUGAUCGACAUCCAGAAAGCACUCGGACACUAUUGGAUGUCCGUUAGUGAAUUAAUGUUCUUUUUAUAAAGUCGCUGCCAGAUGUUCCAAUUAAAUUACUCGGAUGGUUACCGAUUUCUUUUGCAUAUUAUGCAAAGCUAUCGCCGUUCGCGUCGUUUAAAUUAUUCCGUGAAAUAUUACUCUUCCUCGGCCGACACGAUUCCUCUUCAUCAAGUCUAA